CAUGCCCACACACAUACAUACACACAAAAUAAAUAAAUGUGAUAAACUGCAUUUAAUAUACCUAACAUACUGAGUACCACAGCUCAAUGCAACCUGUGUUAAGUACAUUCAGAGCGCUUAUAUAAGCAAUAGCUGGGCAAAACCAUUGAACCCAAAUCCUAUUUUAUAACAAAGUAUUGAAUAUCUCCUGUAAUUUAGCAAAUACUGUAUUGAAAGUAGAAACAGUAUACUUGCACAGUUAUGCUUCUGCACCAUUGUAGAGUCAUAUGAGCUACACCUGUAAUUAUAGCACUAACAGGCUAAGACAGGAUGAUUGUGAGCUUGAGGCCAGUCUGAACUAACUAGCGAGACCCUGUCUCAAAUACACACAAAAAAGACAGACAUACAUACAUACAGAGUUCUGAAGUUCAACUUUAAGUGGGUUUUAAGCAUCUUAUCUGGCUGGGGGGUGGGGGGAAAAUAGCUUCCCCAAACCACAUACUCUCCAUGGUUCUCCUCCUGUCCCCUCUAAAGACAGCAGCAUUUCUCAGGUGAGUCCAAAGCUAGGUGAUUGCUUUGCCCAGGCAGUGUCUUAACUGGAAAGCAGAAUAGGAGAGCAGAGAGGGGGUUGCUGGGGGUCUGCAAACCACUCUCCCUAAAGGCCUGGGGUCUCUCAAGCAGGCCUGGACCUUGGGCUCAGGAGAGCUGAUUGUUACCCUGUUGUUAGCAUGCAUUGCAGGCCCGGGCCACUGAUAAAUGAGUCCCUGGACUGUGCUGUAUGCUGCCCCCCAACUCUGUCAGCCCCUUGACCAUCUGUAGAGCUGGCCUUCUUCAGUGCAGGAAAAAAAAGGGAACCUUUUUUUUCUUUUAAAGAAAAGAGGAAGGUGCAGUUUUGUGGGUUGGUUUGAGGGAAAGGAGCUCAACCAGGGACUGAAAAAGAGGAACCACAGACAGGCAGGACCCACCUGGAGAAGGUCACUGCUGCUGCUGGCCCAGUGAAAAGAGGAUCCAGAAAAGGCAGGGGUGAGAGGAUUACGGGAGUAUUCCCAGUCUACCCUUACCCCCUUUCCUGAGAAAGCAAGUGUGGACCAGCAGGAAUCACAUUUUGAGCCCACACCACCUCCAAGAGGUUGGGGGAUGAAAACCAACGAACCCCAAGGACCAAGGUGGGGAGUCCAAAGCAAGUAAAAAAGCAAGCUGUGGCCCAGGUAUGGGAAAUCCUGUUUUUCUAGCUCCUCCUUCCUUCUAAUAAAGAGGUCAAAACUGUUUAUUUCUGGCUCCUUUGGUUACCUGUCUUUAGUCAAGUAAGUGGGAGUGAAUCAGGGUGCCAGAAACAGGGCCAUGAGCUGCUGUGAGGUCCUAAGGCAGCUGUCCUUGGGGGUGGGACAGAACUUGAGGUAUACCAAGCCUUAGACACCUUUGUGAGCCCAUCACCCUAGGGUCAUCUCUUCUCCCAGCAACAAUGACUCACAAAACUGGGGGAGAUGCAGCCUUCCCUGGCCCCUGGAAGGCACAAGUCACAAAGGCCAUUGGGGCCUGCCCAGAGGAGGCAUGCCACCAGACAGCUGUGCGUGGUGCUUGCAUCCGCAGCCGCCCGCUGGACCGGGCCUGCAUCUCCUGCUGCAAUCCCAGCGCCAGAACUGGGCCUCUGGGCCCUGGGGCUAACAAGGACCUGCGCAGCGCCUUGUAGCCCAUGUGUAUCAUCUGCUUUAUAAAGGCACUAGUGCACGUGUUCAAGAUCUACUUGACUGCAAACUACACCUACAACUUCUGCAGCUGGCCGGUGGACUUCCGCUGGGAUGACGUCCGUGCCGCCGCGGACACCGACAGCAGUCACUGGGCGCUGACAUGCGCGGCAGCCGCAGAGGGUGUGUGGCUGCUACAAGAUGCCGCUUUGGGCGCGGAUGCCCUUGCGAGGCCUCCACGCAGGGCUCGUAGCCAGACCCAGUGCCUCCUGCAGCAGAUCCGAGAGCUGCCCAGUCAGCUCGCCAGUUAUGCACUGGCCCACUCGCUGGGCCGCUGGCUGGUAUACCCUGGUUCCAUGUUCCUGAUGACGCGUGCGCUGCUUCCUCUGCUUCAGCAGGGUCAAGAGCAUCUCGUGGAACGCUAUCGUGGGCGGCGCGCCAAGCUGGUGACCUGUGAUGGCAACGAGAUUGACACCAUGUUCAUGGACCGCCGCCAGCACCCGGGAAGCCAUGGCCGUGGCCUGCGUCUAGUCAUCUGCUGUGAAGGCAAUGCUGGUUUCUACGAGAUGGGCUGCUUGUUCGCACCGCUGGAGGCUGGCUACUCGGUGCUAGGCUGGAACCACCCCGGCUUUGGGGGCAGCUCAGGCGCACCAUCCCCUCAGCAUGAUGCCAACGUUAUGGAUGUGGUGGUCAAGUAUGCGCUGCACCGCCUGCACUUCCCUCCAGCACAUGUAGUGAUCUACGGUUGGUCCAUUGGUGGCUUCACUGCCACCUGGGCCACCAUGACUUACCCAGAGCUGGGUGCACUGGUGCUCGAUGCCACCUUCGAUGACCUCGUCCCGCUUGCGCUGAAGGUCAUGCCCCACAGUCGGAAGGGGCUGGUGGUAUGCACUGUGCGUGAGCACUUCAACCUCAAUGUCGCAGAGCAGCUGUGCUGCUAUCCAGGCCCAGUGCUGCUGCUUCGACGCACCCAGGAUGACGUUGUGAGCACCUCAAGCCACCUGCCCACCAUGCCAUCCUGCCAUGCAGAGGGCGAUGUGGAGGGUAACCGCGGCAAUGAACUGCUGUUGUGUCUGCUUCAUCACCGAUACCCGUCUGUAAUGGCCCGCGAUGGCUGCAGGGUAGUAACUCGCUGGCUACGUGCCAGCAGUCUGGCUCAGGAAGCUGCCUUCUAUGCUCGCUACCAGGUGGAUGAUGAGUGGUGUCUGGCAAUGCUGCAUUCUUACCGUGAGCGCUGCCAGAAGGAACUGGAGGAUGCUGAGGCCUGGGGGCCACAUGGACCUACUUUCCCCUGGCUUGUGGGCCAAGGCCUGAUCCCCAGGCGGCGCAAGCAGCUUGCACUGAUCUUGGCACGCAGACACCUCAAGAACCUGGAGGCAACACACUGCAGUCCACUGGAGCCUGAGGACUUCCAGUUGCCCUGGGGACUGUAAACUGUUCAUGUGGCUUAUGUGUUUGGGCAGAUGUACACCGUGCAGGCCUCCCAUCUGUUGUCUCCCUACACCUCCACAGAAAAGCUGGCCCUGCUGGGAAUCCUGACCUCGUGUCUGGGAGGGUGGACAGUAUGUCUGGACUGUGCUUGCCUUCACUUUCUCUCUGCUCUUCCCUGCUUCCUUCCUUUCUCUUCCCACACUUUUGAAUGCCCAUGCCUAGUUCCUAAAAGGGAAUGUAAAGAUGAACCUGACUCGAAUUUAUGAUAAUGUCUGAUGGUGUCUGGCUGUGGGGGGAAAAAGCAGUGGGGCCUCAAGAAAGUGCCCUUCACCUGGCCUGGGCUUCAGGGUGGCUCCUGGGAAGAAGACACCAGCUAAUCAAGUAGUUCCUAGGAGUGAAAGCAGAACAUUUCAGGUCCUCACUACAGGUCUCAGCAGUUGCUGCUAUGCAGUGGCCCUCUCAUUUCCACAUUCCAUGGAGGGGAGGGGAUGACUUACAGAGGAAGUAAUACUGCACCGGGUAGCCUGGGCUUUGUUUAUGGCUCAAAGAUACAAGAGAGAAUGACAAGUUUUCAGCUCCACCAUCUGUACUGCAGCCACUUCAUGAGGCAGGGACUAUUAGUUACUGUCAUUUCUAGUCCUGUGCACAGGGGGCUGUCCAGGUUGGUUUAAGCCAGUUGGUAAAUGGACAGGUAGAGGAGCCAGGUGAAGGAAAGGAUAGUGGGAGGUUUCCAGGGACCAGUACCUGCAGAGGCCUGGCUGGAAAGGGGCAAUUCAGCCUUGGGGGUAGGGGGUAGGGCAAUUCUGAAAAAAGGGUAUCAACGAUUUUCCUUUCAGGAGCAAGUAAGGGCCAAAGGAAAUUCUUAGACUAGUUUUAGCAGAAAGUUGCCCAGUGGUCACAACUCCCUCAUUUAAAGUCAGGGAGGUGCUUGUUCAUUGUAAUAUCGGCACAUUAACAUCUCAAGAACCUGGAAGCUCUGGUGUGAUCUCUGGAAAAUUACUUUAGCCUCAGUUUCCUUAUCUGUAAACUGUAAGGGCCCUCCAGUGCUGCCCCACCAAUUGCUGUGAAAAGGAAGAAAAUACUGGGGUGCAUACACAGGGUUCGGCCGCACCGAAGUGUGAGGGAUCCGAGGGGCCUCAUGCAGUGUUCAAGCCUAUGGUGAACUCACUACGCAGUGCCCAGCAACCCCCAAAACGCGCUGGACUAGGCGUGUAGGAACCCAGCUGGAGGAGAGCGGCGCCUGCAGGCAACUGUAUGAAUCGUGCUCUCAUCUUUUUCAAAGUCUCCAAAACGAGGCUGUGGAUGCAAUUCAAUUGGUACAGUUCUUGCCUAACAUGCCAGAAGCCGAGUUCUCGAUCCCCAGUACCGCCUGAAAGCGGGAGUGCUGGCGUACCCCUGUAAUCCUAGCUCUAGGGAGGUGGAGGGAGGAGUAUCAGAAGUUCGUCAUCCUUGGCUACACAGAUAGUCGUCUCAAAAAAGCAAAAGACAAAAGGACUUACGGGGGGCGGAGCCUGACCCCCAAAUCGCCUGACCCCCAAAUCAGGGAUCGGGAGACGAAAGGGUCUGAGUCUGAUCUGCUGAGGUGUGCGGCUGAGGAUAUAGUGAGGGCCAGCUUGGGCCUUUGCAGAGCAACUGUGACACCAUGCCCCUGGUUUCGACAGCUGGGGCCGUUCAACCUCGGAGUCUUGCGGGUGGAACCAACCUGGGAGGGCUCCCAGCAUCGCUUCCUGCUCCGCCGCAGCCUCGACCCUCUCAAGUUAAGGAU